UCUCUUUUAAUUCAAUCAUAAUAAAUAAAAUAUAUUUGAGACUAGCGUCAACAUUUCUAUAGCUAAAUCAGUUUGAUUUUCUGUUAGUGUUUAUAGUAACCUAUUAAUCUGUCAAUAAGAUUAUGGCGAUCUGAAUUUGAGCCAGAGCAUAGAAGAACUCUGAAUAUACUAUCGUAUAUGUUGAUAGUGAUAUCCUGAUUAACCAUUACGUUAUGAAUUCUUGGAAAUAAACGUUUAUACAUACCACCAUUAUCUACAUGAACAUGGAAUAUGUACAAAGUGUUCCACACUAAAUCUUUCUGAGAUCGUAUGCAAUCGUAAGUGUAUUGUCUUAUCAACGCAAUAAUGGAACAGAAUAUUAGAGUUAGCUGGCGAUUUAACCAAAACCGAAAUUAAAUCACUUUUGAUAAAUUUCCUAACUAUUUGUUCAGUCAAUAUGUAGCUUGUAUAAGUCUAAUUAACAUUAUGUCCAAUAAAGUUGUAUAUUUACAGUUUGACCUCUUGUAAAUGCUAUUUAACAGCAAUUUAAUUUGAGUGAGAAUAUUCACAAAAGAAUACUCGUUCUAGUAUUGCUAAUAUGAUUACUUCACUAUGCAUUUAAUUCUAUGUAACUAUUUUAACUUCCAAACCAUUCUUACUCUUUGUUUACCUACGAAUUUAAUAAUAAUAAUAAUAAUAAUAAUAAUAAUAAUAAUUCCUCAACAUUUCUAACAGGAACGUGUACAAUAACACCUGAGAAACUUUCAUGAUACAUCCAACCAUAAAAAAAGUUAUGUAAAUUUCAUUUUAUUAUAAAGUAUAAAAACAAAGACAUUCACAAACUGGGUUUCGGAGAAAUCUCACGUUCAAACAUAACUUUAGGUAAACAUUUUCGUCAUACUGUACAUACAAACAAUUAGUAGUUAAAUAACGAAUGUUUUCUAAUCUGAUUAUAUUCUUACAACUUAUUUAUUUUGCUUAUAAAUAAAAUUACUCAUUUCUGUACUUCUCACAUUUCUUGGAUAAUAUUCCUUUAUCCACACUGUUUGAACAUUAAAACAUAGAUUUGAAAAAUUAACAUAUCGAUUUCCUAUUGUUAUCAGUUCCUUGAUUACAAGUCUUCUGGUACCCUCAUCAGCAUAGACAACUUUAUUUUAAUGCAGUUUAUCAUAACAUCAAUGAUUACGUGGUUGAUCAUGAAGAAACUAACCAAUUAGAAUUUAGAAAGAGAGACUGACAGAAAUAUGUCUGUAAUGAGGAAAUUAAUCGUAGGGAAAAAAGUGGUUUUUCCUCCUAUAACUUAUGUAUGUGUUUGUGUUUAAAUUUAAUGAUUGUAUGUAUUUGUAUAACUCCGAAUAAAUAUACUUUUUAAUAUAAUUUAUUGGCUUUUUAGUCUUGGAUUCAUAAUGAUUGUUUUAAAAAGAUGCAAAAAUGCUAUUGUCAUUUAUUUGAUACUAAUUUUGAUGAGUUACACUGAAUAGAUUGGUUGAUGAUCUAUAGCUUAAUAAUGAUAUCACCAAAACACUAGUUAUAUAUUUUACAUAAAUAAAAUUCUCCACACGUUUUAAUACAGUAUGGAUAUAGUAGACAGAAAACUGAUCUUUUGGUGAUUUAUGUCUUCAACAGGGAAUACCUCUUAUUCUACAUCAUUGUACAAAGAGACAUCAAAUCUUGAUUUCAACCAAGGUGUUGAACCACGAUCACAACAGCAAGAUACUGAAUCAAAUUUAAGUCCAUAUACUUGUAAAACGUCCGAUAAAACCGUAACAUCUGAAUCGUAUAAUCAAGAAUUAUCUCAAACAUCAAAUGAACACAAUUUGAAUUAUGAUGAUGUCCUAACUCUACAUGUUCCACAAUUAAACGAAAAUUUAUGGCAAAAGAAACAUUCCUACAAUUUAAUCAAAUAUGAUAAAUGUCAUUGUUUUGAGUUUAUAACACGUAAAAUACGUCUAAACACUUCACAUAAAACUCAAGAAGGUAUAAUGAAGAAACAAUCUAAAUCCUUAUCUAACCGUAUUCAUAAUGGUAAUCAUUUGAAUUCACUUUAUGAAAAUGAAGUUGAUAUAAUGAUGACAUCUGAUGAUAUGAAAAAUGUAAAACAAACUGAAAUUCCACAAGAAACUAAUCAUACACCAAAUGAUUCUGAGGUUGUAGGGAAAAGUAUGCGUUGGACAACAACUUUUUUAGCAGCGUUAAGUAUAUUUUUGAUUUUAAUCACGUUUCCAUUUUCACUUGUCUAUUGUAUACGUAUUGUCGCUGAAUAUGAACGAGCUGUUGUUUUAAGAAUGGGCAAUUUAAUACCAAAAGGUAAAGGUACAAAAGGGCCGGGAUUAUUUUUUAUUUUACCAUGUAUUGAUAGUGUACGAAAAGUGGAUUUACGUACGGUGACAUUUGCGAUCCCACCACAAGAAUUAUUAACACGUGAUUCAGUAACUGUUUCAGUGGAUGCAGUUGUAUACUAUCGUGUGUUGAAUCCAGUUGCAUCUGUGUUAAAUAUUGAAGAUGCUGCACGUUCUACUAGACUAUUAGCACAAACAACUAUAAGAAAUGUUUUAGGAACUAAAGAUUUGGCACAAAUUCUGAUGGAUAGAGAAGAAAUAUCUACAGCUAUGCAGUCUAGCUUAGAUGCAACAACAGAUGCUUGGGGAGUUAAAGUUGAAAGAAUUGAAAUCAAAGAUGUCCGACUUCCUAUACAACUACAACGUGCAAUGGCAGCAGAAGCUGAAGCUGCUCGUGAAGCUCGUGCUAAAGUAAUUGCUGCUAAAGGAGAACAAGAGGCAGCUAGAUCGUUAAAAGAAGCUGCAAAAGUUAUAUCUACUUCACCGAUGGCAUUCCAAUUACGAUAUUUACAAACAUUAUGUGCAAUAUCAGCUGAAAAGAAAUCAACUAUUUUCUUCCCGGUACCAAUAGAUAUCAUGCAGAAUAUAGGAAAUCUCUCCGGGUCAACAUUUGAACAAUUAUUAAAUAAAAAUAAUCAAAAAUUACAAACAAAAUAUUCAACCAAUAAAAUUCAAAGUUCUAAGGAAAUUGAAACAAAAUCACAUGAUUGUUGUGAUUCAAUGUCUAAUCAUAAAAAUUGUGUCUGUAAUGAAAAUAAAUCAAAAAUUGACAAACCAACAAAUACAUUACAUUCUGUAAAUUAUAUUGCUGAACAACCAUGGCCUCAAUCAAACAAUAUAAAUUGUCAAAUUCAAGAAACUAGUUGGGCAUAUGAAAGUGGUGAUACACAUAGUGAUACAGUUUAAAUUAAUGAACAAUAACUUUGUAAUCUUUUAAUGUUUAUAAAGAAUAUAUACAACUAUUUCUUAAGUACAUUAUAUACACAAUUGAAAUUUCUCUUUCUUAUUCUAUAUCAAUUUGACAAAUUUUAAAGAUCUUAGUAUAUACUUGACUUAUAUUUAAACUAUUUCAUAUAAUCACCCUUUAGAACAUAUAUUCCAUAUUAAACUGAUGAACAUGCAGGAUAUAUAUAUAUAUAUAUAUCUUAUUUCUAAAUAUUGUUAUUUCCUUCAUAAAACCUGGUUGUCUAGAUAUUAUUGUGAAUAAAUCUGAUUAUAUACAAAUAAAUAAAAAUGUAAAUGAAUAACAAAA